AUGUGUGCUGCAGGCAGUAUGCACUACCUGACCGUGUACAUCGUGGUCUUACUGUCGUCACAGUACCUGACCGUGUAUAUCGUGUUCUUACUGUCGUCACAGUACCUGACCGUGUAUAUCGUGUUCUUACUGUCGUCACAGUACCUGACCGUGUAUAUCGUGUUCUUACUGUCGUCACAGUACCUGACCGUGUAUAUCGUGUUCUUACUGUCGUCACAGUACCUGACCGUGUAUAUCGUGUUCUUACUGUCGUCACAGUACCUGACCGUGUAUAUCGUGUUCUUACUGUCGUCACAGUACCUGACCGUGUACAUCGUGGUCUUACUGUCGUCACAGUACCUGACCGUGUAUAUCGUGUUCUUACUGUCGUCACAGUACCUGACCGUGUAUAUCGUGUUCUUACUGUCGUCACAGUACCUGACCGUGUAUAUCGUGUUCUUACUGUCGUCACAGUACCUGACCGUGUACAUCGUGGUCUUACUGUCGUCACAGUACCUGACCGUGUAUAUCGUGUUCUUACUGUCGUCACAGUACCUGACCGUGUAUAUCGUGUUCUUACUGUCGUCACAGUACCUGACCGUGUAUAUCGUGUUCUUACUGUCGUCACAGUACCUGACCGUGUAUAUCGUGUUCUUACUGUCGUCACAGUACCUGACCGUGUAUAUCGUGUUCUUACUGUCGUCACAGUACCUGACCGUGUAUAUCGUGUUCUUACUGUCGUCACAGUACCUGACCGUGUAUAUCGUGUUCUUACUGUCGUCACAGUACCUGACCGUGUAUAUCGUGUUCUUACUGUCGUCACAGUACCUGACCGUGUAUAUCGUGUUCUUACUGUCGUCACAGUACCUGACCGUGUAUAUCGUGUUCUUACUGUCGUCACAGUACCUGACCGUGUAUAUCGUGUUCUUACUGUCGUCACAGUACCUGACCGUGUAUAUCGUGUUCUUACUGUCGUCACAGUACCUGACCGUGUAUAUCGUGUUCUUACUGUCGUCACAGUACCUGACCGUGUAUAUCGUGUUCUUACUGUCGUCACAGUACCUGACCGUGUAUAUCGUGUUCUUACUGUCGUCACAGUACCUGACCGUGUAUAUCGUGGUCUUACUGUCGUCACAGUACCUGACCGUGUAUAUCGUGUUCUUACUGUCGUCACAGUACCUGACCGUGUAUAUCGUGUUCUUACUGUCGUCACAGUACCUGACCGUGUAUAUCGUGUUCUUACUGUCGUCACAGUACCUGACCGUGUAUAUCGUGUUCUUACUGUCGUCACAGUACCUGACCGUGUAUAUCGUGUUCUUACUGUCGUCACAGUACCUGACCGUGUAUAUCGUGUUCUUACUGUCGUCACAGUACCUGACCGUGUAUAUCGUGGUCUUACUGUCGUCACAGUACCUGACCGUGUAUAUCGUGUUCUUACUGUCGUCACAGUACCUGACCGUGUAUAUCGUGUUCUUACUGUCGUCACAGUACCUGACCGUGUAUAUCGUGUUCUUACUGUCGUCACAGUACCUGACCGUGUAUAUCGUGUUCUUACUGUCGUCACAGUACCUGACCGUGUAUAUCGUGUUCUUACUGUCGUCACAGUACCUGACCGUGUAUAUCGUGUUCUUACUGUCGUCACAGUACCUGACCGUGUAUAUCGUGGUCUUACUGUCGUCACAGGACCUGACCGUGUAUAUCGUGUUCUUACUGUCGUCACAGUAA